AUGACUAGUCCAUCAAGAAUCAUGCGAAAAUCCAUCUUCACAUUCCUCCAAAACUUCCACCACCUCUCCACCGCCCCGGCCCUCCUCCUCCUCCCCUUUGCCGCCUCCACCCUCCUCUCCCCUCCCCUCGUCGCCUCCUCCCGCCUCUUCCCCUUACUCCACGGCCGCCUCCACUCCCUCUUCCUCGCCGCGGGAAUCCCCCCCCAAUCCGAGCUCUUCGCCAUCCUCAACCUCAAGCUCGCCCAAACCAUCCUCUCCUUCUCCUUCUCCCUCCCCUUCUCCCUCUCCUUCCUCCUCCUCGCCAAGGCCGCCGUCGUCAAACUCCUCCACCACCACAACAAACCCCACUCAUUCCUCUCCCUCAUCUCCACCUUCAACCGCCUCGUCUCCACUCAGAUAUGCAACUCUCUCCUCAUCCUCGCCACCAACGCCACCUGCUUCUGCCUCCUCGCCGCCGCCUUCAACCUCUCCGACGCCUUCAGCCUCUCCUCCCCGAGAUUCCGGCUGCUCCUCUCCGCCACCGGCGCCAUAUGCUACUCCAUCGCCCUCGCCAACGCCUACAUCGUCUCCGGCCUCGCCCUCAUCAUCGCCGCCGCCGAAGAUUCCGGCGCCGGCGCCGGCGGAUUCAGCUCGAUUUUGGAGGCGUGCGUGGCGAUCCGAGGGCGGACCUCCGCCGCAUUGUCGCUGGCGGUGCCGAUGAAUAUGGCGCUCGCCGCCGUGGAAGCUCUGUUUCAGUACCGCGUGCUCAGCCGCGAAAUUAAAGUAACUCCGGCGAUGGUGGCGGAGGCGGCGCUCGUCGCGUAUCUCUACGCGGUGGUUCUGAUCAUCGACACCAUUGUCGGUUACGUUUUCUUGAAGAGUUGCAGAGAAGAGCAGCGUGAUUUUUGCCCUCACCGGAUUGAAUUCAUCAAGCAAGGGAAGGCGAUGGAAUCGGCGGUUUGA